GCCCCACCCUCUUUUCUGUUCCUCCUCCUCCCCGGGCGGGAGCUGCGAACUGCCGCUGGAGAACGGAGACUGUCCCCUCGGCCCAGUGAUGCCUGAAGGGCAAGGGAAGGACAGCAAGAGCUACACCGGCACUGGCAGCUCGGCUGCUUGCUUCGGACAGUAUCAAUACACAGCAAGUGAAUAUCAAGCUAUCCAGCAUGCUCUUCGCCAGAGGCUGGGUCCGGAGUACAUCAGCAGCCGGCAAGCUGGGGGAGGACAGAAGGUCUGCUACAUUGAGGGUCACAAGGUAAUCAGUCUGGCCAAUGAGAUGUUUGGCUUCAAUGGCUGGGCCCAUUCAGUCACUCAGCAGAAUGUUGACUUUGUUGACCUCAACAACGGCAAGUUCUACGUGGGGGUCUGUGCAUUUGUGAGAGUCCAGCUGAAGGAUGGGUCAUACCAUGAAGAUGUGGGGUAUGGAGUCAGUGAGGGCCUAAAGUCCAAGGCCUUGUCCUUGGAAAAGGCAAGAAAGGAGGCAGUAACAGAUGGGCUGAAGAGGGCACUCAAGUGCUUUGGGAAUGCUCUUGGCAACUGCAUCCUGGACAAAGACUACCUCCGAGCUGUCAGCAGGCUUCCACGCCAGAUCCCCGAGUUAGAUUUGGGCACAGCCAAAAGACAGGACUGUGAGCCUGAAAUCGAGAAAGCAAGGUACAGCAGCUGCUUGGAGAGGCAGAACACAGGAGGCAGACAGCACUCUGAGCUGGCAGCUAAUUGUAAGCCUGAUCAGACGGAAGCUGCUGCAGCCACGGCAGGUCAGAAACAGCCAAACAGUUCCAGGAGCAGCCGCGCAGAGUCCUUAGCCAUGGACUGCGAUGCCACCUACCAGCGGAAGCUGCGCCAGCAGCAGCUACAGCAGCAGUUCCGGGAACAGAUGGAGAAGCAGCAGCAGCAGCAGCUUCCAGCAGGCACUCCCAGCAGCAGGAAGGCAACACCUGUGAAGCACAGCACUCCAGCAGCAGCACAACAGGAGCAAGCAGUGGAAGAGGAGUUCUUUGCAGAUGAUCCUGAGUUCUGGGACAUUUCCUUGGAGAGCAUUGACCUUAAGCUGGUGGGUCACAAAACAGCAGACCCACCAGCUGGACCCCAGACACCUGCAACACACCCUGGAGGGCAUCAGAUGACUACUCGUAACAGGACACCUCACAGAGCCAACUACCACACAGCCCCUGCUAGGCUGGCACAGCUGCAGGCCUCUGCUGUGAUCAGGAGCAACAACAGCUGUGCCAACCAGCACAGCCCAGACUGCAGCCCCCACAGGAGAAGUCAGAGCUUGAAGAAGAGGAGGCUGGAACCUACAUAAGACACCUGAUGGUAUCACUACCUCCACCCUGGAUUACAUCUUAACACUGCAGUUAGACUCCCUCACAGAAUGUGAGCAGCCAAGGCACCAAUGGAUUUUUCUGUGUAUUAUGGUGAAGCAACCCCAAAGAGUUCAGUGCAGGCAGCAGGGACUCGAUGGACUUGUAGGUUACUACAUGUCCCAGAUGCCUUUGUCUAUGAACAAGCCAUGGGUUGUGCUUCUGCAGCAGCAGCAUUGGGGCU